AUGACAGUUCGCUUUACUCCGCGGCCCAUCAACCUGUCCCGGGGCUGGCCGCAUCCGUCGCUACACCCCACGUCGGCCCUGUCGGAUGCAUCCAAGAGCGUACUGUGCUCAGCGGCACUCUCGGAGCCUGCUUUAGGCUACGGCCCGGACGAAGGAGACCCAUCGCUGCGUGCCGAGAUAGCAAGAUGGCUGACGACAUUCUACCAGCCCCGGGAGGCUGUGGAUGCCGGCCGGAUCGUGAUAUCUGGCGGUGCGAGCCAGAACCUGGCCUGUGUGCUACAGGUGUAUACUGACCCGGUGUACACGCGGAACGUAUGGCUGGUGUCGCCGACGUAUUACCUUGCGUGUCCUAUGUUCGAGGAUGCCGGGUUCGGAGACAAGAUGAGAGCUGUCAGGGAGGAUGCAGAAGGUAUCGACCUUGACUUUCUUGAGAGGGAGUUGAAGAAGAGCGAGGAAAGGGCAGAGGCAGACGGGAAUCUAACACCGAAGUUGAAGCUUCCACACCCAUGGAGGAAGAUAUACAAGCAUAUUAUCUAUGCGGUCCCUACCUUCGCCAAUCCGUCGUCUAGAAUCAUGUCUGUCCGCCGACGUACGCGGCUUGUCCGUCUGGCUCGGCAGUAUGACGCACUCGUAGUAACAGACGACGUCUACGAUUUUCUACAGUGGCACAUCGACCCGUCAUCCACGCAACCCCAGCUUACGACUGCCGUUGCACCUCGUCUCGUUGAUAUCGAUCGUUUCCUGGACGGCGGGCCAAAGGACGAGUUCGGAAAUUGUAUGAGUAACGGGAGUUUUAGCAAACUUCUCGGCCCGGGAUGUCGAGUUGGGUGGGUUGAAGGGACGGAGAAGUUUGCAUAUGGCGUUGGACAGACUGGCUCGUCGCGUUCUGGCGGUGCACCGUCCCAGUUGACGUCUACUUUUAUCCGCCAACUCCUCUCCUCCGGCUUCAUCCAGUCGUAUAUCCCGGAAGUGCUCUGCCCAACGUACUCGAAACGGUACCACAUCCUGCGCGCCGCAAUCGAAAAGUAUUUACACCCUCUUGGUAUGACCUUCACCAAACCUCUUUCCCCAUCACCGUCGGGUAGCAAUGGUGAGAUGAUUCCCAGUGGGGUUUCGGGAGGUUACUUCUUCUGGCUCCGUCUCCCACCCGGCAUCGAGGCAAAGCGCGUGACCAAGAUUGCAGCAGAGGAGCUGAAUCUACAGGUUGCCGAUGGCGAAGGGAGCAAGGUCACCGGUGCGGGCGCAGAGCCAGACUAUGACUAUGCAAACACCGACGAGCCGCUGGACAGCUUUGUGCGUAUCUGCCUGGCGUAUGUUGACGAGGAUUUGCUAGAGGAAGGGAUCCAGCGGCUUGCACAGGCUGUUGAAAAGGCGAAGUUGGAGACAGGAUGUUAA